AUGUCUAUUGCUUUCCCCGCAUGGCCGAGGCUCAUCGCCUCUGGCGAGCAUGGAAGUCGUACUCCACUCCCAGUGACACGCACCGUUUUUGAAUGGAAUACAGUGGAAACCAAAUGUUUCGAUGUGGUCUUCGAUUUGACGAAUCGCUAG